CACCUAUUCCUUUUGAUACAACCGAGUCUACUCUCUCUCGCCAUCUCGCCGCCGGCCUCCAUUCCGUCGACGAGGUUGCAGGAUGGCACUGAAAUACCUGUGCUCGGCUUCGGCACUGGCACGACGUGGUACAAGGUCGACCGCUUCUCUGCCUUUAACCCGGACAUGGUCAAGAUGGUCAAGGACGCCAUCGCCGCCGGCUAUCGUCAUCUCGACACCGCCGAGGGCUAUGGGACUGAAGUCGAGCUCGGACUGGCCAUCAAGGAAAGCGGCGUGCCCCGGGAAGAGCUCUUUGUCACCACAAAGUUAGCUCAGACCAUUAGCGAGGGCAGCGUUGAAGACAUACCCGCUGGCUUUGAAAGCUGUUUGAAACGGCUUCAGCUGGAUUAUGUCGACUUGCUUUGCCUCCAUACUCCAUAUGCCAACAAGGACAACACAUACGAUGAAGUCGCCGUCGCCAAGUCAUGGAAGCUCAUUGAGGCCAUACAGCGCUCUGGCAAGGCCCGCGCCAUUGACAUCUCGAAUUUCCGCCGGACUCACGUCGAAAAUCUGCUCAAAACCGCCGAGAUCAAGCCUGUCGUCAACCAGAUUCAGUUUCACCCUUAUAUUCAAGGCGCACCCGAGUACGCCAAAUGGCUGCAGUCGCAAGGUAUCGCCAUCCAGAGCUGGAUGGGCCUGGCUCCCAUCACCUGGCUGGGCCAGAAGCACCUGGAGGGCACCUUGGAAGAGCUGUCAGCCAAGUAUGGAGUCAAUAAGAGCACCAUCUUGAUUCGCUGGCAGCUCGACCAGCAAUUCAUUGUCCUGAAUACCACAAAAAAGGUCGAGCGGAUGCAAGAGUACUUUGCGGCCGUGAAUUUUGAUUUGAGUGAUGAGGAUAGCCGCAGAAUCACAGACAUUGGCCAAGAAACGCAUCUGCGGGUACCGGUCGGAAACCUUUUUGAUGGAGGAGAUUUCAGUCCAUACUGAUCAUCUUUAAAUACCUUAUACGCUUCGUACGUCGUAUACAUGUCAAGUUAGAAAUCAGCCAAGUCUACUCGCUGC